CUACUACUGCAAUUAUAAGCAAAUUACGCUGUUAUAUUACCAAGUCAUGAACUAGGAGCCCGAGCUCCAACAUAUAACAAGGCCCUCUCCUUCCAAAGCGACCUGAGAGAGCGAGCCAUGUUCAAGAACGCCUUCCAAUCCGGCUUCCUGUCGGUGCUGUAUAGCAUUGGCUCGAAGCCCCUAGAGAUUUGGGACAAGCAAGUUAGCAAUGGCCACAUCAAGCGCAUCACAGACGCGGACAUCCAGUCUUCGGUGCUGGAGAUAAUGGGGCAGAACGUCUCCACAACAUACAUCACCUGCCCAGCGGAUCCCAACAAGACGUUGGGGAUCAAGCUGCCGUUCCUGGUGCUCAUCAUUAAGAACCUGAACAAAUACUUCAGCUUCGAGGUACAAGUUCUGGACGACAAGAACGUGCGGAGACGCUUCCGCGCGUCGAACUAUCAGUCGACAACGCGCGUUAAGCCGUUCAUCUGCACCAUGCCCAUGCGCCUGGACAGCGGGUGGAACCAGAUUCAGUUCAACCUGUCGGACUUCACGCGCCGCGCUUACGGGACGAACUACAUCGAGACGCUGCGGGUCCAGGUGCACGCGAACUGCCGCAUCCGCCGCAUCUACUUCUCCGACCGCCUGUACUCGGAAGAGGAGCUGCCCGCCGAGUUCAAGCUCUUCCUGCCGAUCCAGAAGUCGUAGGCGGGAGGCAGAGCGGUUUCGGCUGGAGGCUGUAUGGAUGGAGCUGGUGGCGGCUGGUGCUAGAGCCUGGAGGAGCAGGAGGCGGAGGAGCGACAGCGUUUGCCAGCGCUGUGGGUUACAGAUGAACUAGGGGGAGCAAAGCGAGCAGCAACAGCAGCGGCUUGCGCGUACAGCUCUGGCGAGUCCAGCCGGCAAAUGCUGAUGGCCAUUGGUGGCCACAGCUGCUACCUGCAGUGGAGCGCCGACGUCAGCAGCACAGCAACACUGGCCGUGGUUGCAUAUCUCGUGGGUGACGGCGUCUUGGGACGUGGCUGCCAAUGGGGAAACGCUGGUGGUCGGGUUCCCGCGGUACGCGUGCCAUGUAUUAGGGGCCUGGGCGGACGCUGCUGGCAAGCCGCAGAUGCGGCGGGCACGUCGCUCAUCAAUGCUGUCGGUGGUACGCGAGAGCUCGCGAAGCAGCAUGGCACGCUGCAGGCACCUGGUGUGGGGCAAGAGUGAGGCGAGCCCAGUCUCACAUCAUGCCGCCAUGGAUGAAUCUGACCAUGACGUGUUAGCUGACCCUGACCAAAUUGUUGACGAGUCCUGACAAGCUGCCUGCGCCACGGGCGCGUGCGGGGAUUCAGGCCGCCCCGUCAGCGCCGCGGCAUAGCAGUGCGCAAGCGUGUGUUCGUGUUAAUGAUUGCGUUCUGUCUAUGCAAGGUCUGCGUUGUACCGUGGGUGAUUUUGGUUGCAUAAGUACUGCCGGGCAAGGGCAGAAUGGCGCCUUUACGAAGACGAGCGCUGCAGCUACGAGAGGGGAGGUGCCGUGUGCUCAAGUCCGUAGGCUGAGAGUAUGUCUGGCCAUGGCGGUGAGCCCGCGCCUGAUGGAAGCCGGAUUAGGCAUCAUGCAGUAUGCAGGGCCGGCGAGCGAAUGUGCGUCGCCGUGCAUGUAAAUACCCAGGUUACGGAUAUGCGCCGUCCCCUCGGCCUAAGGGCACGCCCAGAGGGUGAGUGCGGCCCUGAGCAGAGCAGCCAUGAACCAUUUACGCAUUUCAGCAACCAUGUGUAAAAGCAUCUUUGA